UUAUUUUUCCAAUUUAAACAGAUAGAUACAGAGAAUAUGCUAGUGAGAAUAUAUCCAAAUGGAAGCGUUUUGUACAGUUCCAGACUUUCUUUAGUUUGUUCUUGUCCAAUGUAUCUUCAAUUGUACCCUCUAGAUGUUCAAUAUUGUGACUUUGAUUUGAUUAGUUAUGCACACACAACGAGGGAUAUAAUUUAUGAAUGGGCUGGGAAUGGAGCUGAUAGUGUUCAAAUAAAACAAGGUGUUGGCCAGGACCUUCCCGAUUUUAAGUUGGAUUAUAUCGAUACAGGAGUGGAAUGCACAAGUCACACAAACACUGGUUCUUAUGCUUGUUUACGUAUGAGAAUACGUCUUUCUAGGCUUUUUACUUAUUUUGUUCUUCAGCUUUAUAUUCCGACAUCUAUGGUUGUUUGUGUAAGCUUGGUCAGCUUCUGGAUUGAUAUGCAUUCAACAGCUGGACGUGUUACCUUAGCAAUAACCACUUUAUUAACAAUAACAACUAUGCAAUCCUCAAUUAACGCAAAAUUACCUCCAGUCAGUUAUGUGAAGGUAGAGGCAUGUUCUAAAGUUGAUUUAAAAAAAUUUAAGGUAGUGGACAUAUGGUUGGGAGCUUGUGAACUUUUUGUGUUUAGGUCUAUUGUUUUUUGCAGUGUAUUAAAAAUUGAACUUUAUAAAUUUUAGUGCGCUUGUUGAAUACGC